AAGACUUCAACCGUUUCAUCGACAGCGACAUGGCAAACGAAGCAUACAUAGAAGAAAUCGUUUUGGAAUCUUCGACGAGCAGCUCUUCACUUGCGGUGGACUUGAGUGCCGGUUUCUCGUCCGACAGUUCUUUGGAGAUGCUUAUCGUUAAAGGCCAACACCAAGCCAAGUCGGAAACUUUCACGUUAAACACCACCACCAGCAGCAGCAGUGGUUUGAACUUACAACGUAGUCUUACGUCUGACCAGGACCGUUGGUCGAUCGGCUCCUCGGUUGACCGACCGAUGGAUUCCCAACACUCUGCCGUCGACUCGUCUGGUUGGCUGCAAAUGAAGAUCAAUUUCAGCAGCUUGUCCUUCUCGGACUCGGUAGGCUCCAAGACGGUCACCGACGAAGACCGACGACAAGCUUCGGACAGAUUGUCUUCGAUAGAUCAAACUUUCAAGUCCAACGACGACGACGAUCAAGAUUCUUGGGAUAAAAUCAAAAAAGACAUCAAAUGGAGUUUGGGAUUUCAAUCCCAGUCAAGCUGGACUUCAUCGUCAGACUUGCCGAAGCAACCGUCGUGGUCCGACGACAAUUCGAUUGUUGGUCCGUCCGGUCCUGCGGCAAACCACGACGAUGGCGACUCCGAUGGACUGGAACGCAUCAACAGCGACUUUAUGAGUUGGUCGUCGUCCAGUGCCGGCGUCGCAAACAUCUCAUCGAACACAAUCAACAACGCCUUAUUCCGUAACUUCUCGUUUGAGGAUUCGCUGUACUUACAAAUGAACACUUCGACUUCUUCGACCAACUACGAGUCUUCAUUAGUGGGCAUCGUCAAAAUGGCCGAGAACAUCAAAAAAACCGUAGGAAGUUGAAUACGC